AUGUCAUCACAACUACUAGCAAGCGGAAUACCAAAACCUGGUUUUAUCAAUGUUAAAAGGGAUGGUAAAUCAUUACUUAAGUCACUUGAUUUACCUGAUAUAUCAUCAAUGAUUAAAGAUUGUUUAACAACAGAUCAGUCAAUCAUACGUGAUAUUAAACAAUUACUAUCUGAUAAUCAAGGUGAUGUAUCAAAAAGAAAAAUUGAACAAAUAGUAAUUAAAGUCGAUGAUAUUGAACGUCGUUCGCGUUCAUAUAACCUUCGAUUUAAUGGUGUACACAAAGGUCAAAAUCCAAAAGCAAAGAUAAUUGAAAUUGUAAAAAUGAUAGAUGUUACAAUAACACAUGAUGAUAUUGAAGUUGCGCAUUUUACGGGUGCGAAGAAUGUUAUUGCCCGUUUUUAUUCACGUAAAACAUGUCAAAAAUUAUUAAAACAUCGUAAAAAACUACGAAAAAAACAAUCCGAUCGUAAAUAUUUUGUAUUUGAGGACUGUACAAAACGAGCAAUGGCUUUAUUUAGUAAAAUGCGUCAACAUUUAUCCGAAGACACUAAAUUCCAUGUAUACAUAAGAAACGGGAGAGUAUUACACCGGUCUUCUUUACAAGAGAAACCAGUGGUGAUUGAUAGAGACCAAACAGUUUCUGAUCUUCUUUUAAAAUUAAAAUUAAAUGGUGCGUGA